GGAUACACCGAACUCCGAAUCGACUUGGUGUAUCAAGGGAAAUCGUAUUACGCCAUCUACCAAGUCAGUAUCGGCGACGAAAGCUCCAACUACAGACUGACGCUGAGUGGCUACAGUGGUGACGCCGGUGACAGCUUCUCCUACAACAGCGGCUCCGAUUUCAGCACACCGGACCGAGAUAACGACAAGGAUGCGAGAAGAAACUGCGCAGAGAUCAGUGGCGGUGGCGGUUGGUGGUAUAACGCCUGCACCCAGGCUAAUCUGAACGGCAAACAUGGAGUUAAGGGCUCCCAAGGAAUGAUUUGGGAAGCUCUUAACCCUGAUCAGCCUGUGACAUCCUAUGAGAUGAAACUACGAAACCCAGACUACGAACAACUCUCUGACAACUGA